AUGAACAUCACUGAAGCCCAAGAUACUUUUGACUAUGCUGAGUAUUUGGUCCGCGGCGGGUUCCAGCCGCGCCUUCCGACUUCGCUGCCGCCCCCAGGGCAGCAGCAGCAGCCGUCGCCGCUACCACGCCGACAGCCCGUCCCGUUGAUGCCUCCCGCGCAGCUUCAUCCGGGAGCGCCCCAGGUGGUCGCUCCGGCGCCUGCGGUCCCUCUUCAGUCGCCACCGCCUUCGGACCUGAUGGACGUCGACCCCUCAGCCGGGCCGCCUUCCCAAGCGGUGGCUGUGCAGCCUGUCCUGCAGCCGCUUUCCUUCGGCACCCCCAAGGAGUCUGACACCGCAGCGCCUUGUCCGGCGCCCACUCAGCAGCCGUCGACGCAGCGUCAGGAGACGCUGCCUCUCUUCAUGGGUCCCGACGCCCCGUCGCGUCCAGUACCAGAAGCUGCGCCCGUGGUCACAGAGAACCGUCCUCGGCUGGAGUCAGCUGGAGCCGCCGCGCGACGUACCUUCCGGGCGGUAGGCGGCCGCCGCGGGCAGAUACCCGCCGUGCAGCGCGGCGCCGCGCGCACUGCCGCCCGCCGAGCAUCGAUCUGGGCGGCGGCGGCGGCGGCGGCGGUGGCGGCGGGCCCGGGCGCGCAGCAGCAGCAGCAGCAGCGGCAGCGGCAGCUCCGAGAGCGGCCGGCCUACACUCGCACAUCGACCGCCGCGCCGGCCGCGAUGCCGGCUGUCUGCCCACCAGGCGCGCCUCUGACGUCACCAAACACUGUGCGUGCGUCGGCGGUGCCGACUGGCGACGGCCGUGCGCCUCCACCUCGCCGCUGCCGCUCUCCUCGUUAA